CUUAAAGUCGCAGUCUUCGGGCCAUCGAGGUCUACGAUAUCCAAGAAGAGGUAUGCAUGGUGUCCUAUUUGAUGAACAGCACCAUUACGCUGGAUGCGAUCUUCGAUCCUGACUCCCUCGAGACCAUCGAGGAAAGUCCGGUAUCAUACAUAUCUAGUGGGCGCUUUCGCGUGGACUCAGCGGAGAGUCUGAACGAGAUUGUGGCAAUCAAGAGCGCAUCCACCUUGCCUCAGGUUUCAAGACAACCCCAUGAUAUCCUCAAAGAAUUACGCAUCUUGCGUGGCCUAUCUCACAUCAAUGUUAUCCAGGUGCUUGGAUAUACCUUCGAGCCCGCAACAAGUUCCAUUCACUACUGGAUGCCCUACAUUCCGGACCAUCUGAAGAAUGUGCUGAACUCACCCGCAUUCUCGCCUCAUAGUCCCUCUUCAUAUAUUGACGCAUCAGCGACUACAUCAUCCUUCGUCGUCCUGGCAAAAUCAUUGAUGUACCAAAUUGCGCACGGCAUAGCAUAUCUGCACCAUGAGGGCAUCGCCCAUCGCGAUAUCAAACCGCAUAAUAUCUUGCUCACACGCGAUGGAUGCAUCAAGCUCAUCGACUUCGGAAUUGCGUGGGUCGAGCCAAGCAAAGCCGGCAAAGACGACCUCUGGCCAGAGCCGCCUGGCGCAAUGUGCUUCGAUGUGGCAUCCGGACCGUACCGUUCCCCAGAGCUGCUCUUUGGACCUACUACCUACGAUGCUUUCGCUACGGACUUAUGGAGCCUAGGAGCGACUUUCGCGGAGUUCUUCACUCCCCUGAAGCUUUAUAGGCAGUAUGAUGAAUAUGAUGAAGACAUCGGAUCAGACGCUGACGAGGAAGGCUGGGAAAAAGAGCCGUUCAUCGUCCCGCGUUCGUUGAGCGUAAGCGAUCCUGAUACAGUCUGGAAAAGAGAAUCACUCUUCGACUCCUCGAGAGGAUCUAUUGGCCUUGCCUGGAGUAUCUUUCGGACGAGGGGUACACCUAACAAAGACAACUGGCCGACUUUCAAGGAGCUUCCAGACGCGGACAAAGUAAUAUGGCAAGACGUUCCACCUACAGAUGCCCGUUCUUUGCUGCCAAACCUGCCGCCCGAAAAAGACCUAGCAGGGGCGUGUAUCGACCUCAUCGAGCGUCUUCUCACAUACACACCGGCGAUGAGGUUACCAGCCUAUUUUGUCGCUCGUCAUUCAUGGAUCACUGCUGCACCAUCCCUUCUGUUGCCUUCAAGCUAUCCCAUUGGGGACGAUAUCCCCAGAAUCGAAGUGUGGGAGGGUAGGGCACUCGGCGAUUUGCUAGCGUCCGUACUGUCCGCGGGAUCUUCUGAAACGAUAACAUGACAGCGGAGAGCGACUUCUACUUCUGUACAAAGUACUACAUCUCA